AUGAAAUUCCUUUCAGUUCUAUUUCACCUCUUCGUAACGUUUGCGACCGCAGCGCCACCCCACGGCUUGGCACAUCUGGUUCAACGAGCCACCCCUGCACCUUUCAGCGACUUCACCAACAACCUAGUAUUCUACCCAGAUAGGAACUACACCAGCUGGAAGGUCAUCUACGCCCGCACUGUGCAGCUGCCUGAUGGUAGUCACCUUCUAUCGUGGGAGAAUUAUCCACCGGAACCUCCGCAAGCCAACUUCCCCAUUUACAAAUCAACCGACGGAGGCGCAAACUGGAUCGAGUUUUCAUCCGUGUCUGACCAAGUCAAUGGAUGGGGUCUGCGGUAUCAGCCCAAUUUCUACCUUCUCAAAGAAGCGUUUGGCGGAUAUCCCGCCGGAACCAUUCUUCUUGGGGGAGCUUCUGUUCCGGCGGACCUGAGCGAAGCUUAUCUAGAUCUUUACGCCAGUAGAGAUGAGGGAUUGAACUGGGAAUUUAUCAGUCACAUGGUAUAUGGCGCUGGGCCCGAGACUACCACCAACGGCAACGAUGCAGUAUGGGAGCCAUUCUUCAUGAUGCACGAGGGCGAGUUUGUGUGCUUCUUCUCUGAUCAGAGAGAUGAGAAUCAUGCGCAGAAACUUGCACAUAUCACGACCAAAGAUCUCAAGACAUGGAGCGAACCUGUGGAUGACGUUGCUUCGUCGGCAUACGACGACCGCCCAGGGAUGACCACGGUGGCACACAUUCAGUCCACGGGUCAGUACAUCAUCACGUAUGAAGUUUGCGCGACGAAUGAGGGCUGCGAAGGGUAUUACAAGGUCUCUUCCUCGCCCCUGACAUUUGGCACUAUUGAAGGGCGCGGGGACAAAAUUGUUUCCGCCGAAGGCCAUACUACCGGGGGAUCACCAUACGUCAUUUGGACUCCCAACGAGAAGACAAAUGAUGGCUCUGGCAUAAUCAUCAUGAAUGGUGCUAGCAGAGAACAACUUUUCGUUAACGAGGAUUCUGCGGAUCCAGCGGGAUGGAAGGAAGUUGAUGUGGGACAAUGGGCAGCGCAUUCGAGAUGCAUUGAAGUGAUCAACAACAACGGAACGGAGAAGUUGAUGCUUUCCAACGCUGGCCAAAUGCAGGCGGGAUUUGACAACUAUGUGGUUGUCGGAGUUGUGGAUAUUCCCUAUGAUGCUGUCUGA